GCAUUUUCCUUUUUACUCUGUGAAUCCGCCAUUUUGGACGUGUUUUUCAGCGAUUAAUUUACGAAAAUUUGAUUUUCGUGAUGGGUCACGCAAAUAUCUGGUAUUCUCACCCCCGAAGAUACGGGCAAGGAUCCCGUUCAUGCCGAGCUUGUUCUAACCGACAUGGACUUAUCCGCAAGUAUGGUUUGAACAUUUGCAGACAAUGCUUCAGAGAAUACGCACAUGACAUUGGUUUCAAGAAGCUGGAUUAAUAUGAAGAUAACUUAGGUUAAUAAACUAAAAAAAUAAUAUUUGUGUU